CUGGGAACCAGUCAAGUCACAACAACAGGCACACUAUAAAAGCGUGUGUUAGUCUUAAUUUUUGACCAAAAAAUUGUUUUUUAUUUAUUGAAAUGGUUCGCAGCAGAAGUCGUAGUCGUUCACCGGACUCUAAGAGAGUUGAAAGAAAGAGAUCUCACUCUCGAGAGAGAGAUGCCAAAGAUCCACCAAGAGACAAGGACAGAAGACGUGAUGAUUUUGAACGACGACGCAGUCGCUCACCACCUAGAAGACAUCGAUCAAGAUCCCCAAGGCGAAGGUCCCGGUCUCCAAGAAGACCAAGAUCCAGAUCACCACGAAGAAAACCUUCUCACAGCAGCCGACCACAAGACGACGGAGAUAGAAGGGAUAAACCACGUGAUAAAGACGAAAAAGGUCCUGCUGAAAUGGAUGUGGAAGAAGCUGCCGAGCCAGAUGACAAAGAAAGUCUCGAGAUGAAAAAGAUCAUGGGAUUCUCUAAUUUUGAUACAACUAAAGGAAAAUUCACAUCAGGAGCUGCAAAUGCAAGCUAUGUGAACAUAACUAAACCAAGAAAAUACAGACAGUAUAUGAACCGUAGAGGAGGGUUCAACCGACCAUUGGAUUAUGUCAACUAACUAUAUAUUUCCUCUGAUGUAUAUAAGACGAUACAACACACUUUAUAUUGUAUUUUAUUUCAAAAGAAGACACUACAAAAUACAGCUGGACACUCAUAGUAACCUUUGCGGUGAAGGAUGGGAGUGAUUAUUGGUACAUUUGUGCAAAAUUAUGUAAAAUAGUUUGAAAAAAUGUGAAUAUCAAUAAAUCGAUAAA